CUGAGUUGCCGGGCGGGGCCUUCGUCAAAGGCCUGAGACGCGAACACCAGCUGCACUACAACUCCCGCCAUGCCUUGCAGGGUCGCCCUUUGCUGUGGCAUGCAAGACGUGCUGGGAGCGAGCGGUCCCGCGCGCCAAUGAGUUUGGUCAGGGCGCCGCCGCCUCCUCAGCCGCCAUGGAGGCGCUGAUCCCGGUCAUCAACAAGCUGCAGGACGUCUUCAACACGGUGGGCGCCGACAUCAUCCAGCUGCCGCAGAUCGUAGUGGUCGGGACGCAGAGCAGUGGAAAAAGUUCUGUGCUGGAAAGUCUGGUGGGGAGGGACCUGCUCCCAAGAGGGACGGGGAUAGUCACCCGCAGGCCCCUCAUCCUGCAGCUGGUCCACGUUUCGGCAGAGGAUCGUCGGAAAACAGCUGGAGAUGAAAACGACCCUGCAACAUGGAAACAUUCAAGGCACCUUUCUAAAGGAAUUGAUGCUGAAGAAUGGGGGAAAUUUCUCCACACCAAAAACAAGCUCUACACAGACUUUGAUGAAAUUAGACAAGAAAUUGAAAAUGAAACUGAAAGGAUUUCAGGAAAUAAUAAGGGGAUCAGCCCUGAACCAAUUCAUCUAAAGAUUUUUUCACCCAAUGUUGUCAACUUGACCCUUGUAGAUUUGCCAGGAAUGACAAAGGUGCCUGUGGGUGAUCAACCAAAGGAUAUUGAACUUCAGAUCCGAGAUCUAAUCCUUAGAUUUAUCAGUAAUCCAAAUUCAAUAAUUUUGGCAGUCACUGCUGCAAACACAGACAUGGCCACCUCGGAGGCACUAAAAAUAGCACGUGAGGUGGAUCCAGAUGGGCGGCGCACCCUUGCUGUUAUCACAAAGCUGGAUCUCAUGGAUGCUGGUACUGACGCUAUGGAUGUACUCAUGGGAAGAGUGAUACCUGUUAAACUUGGCAUCAUUGGUGUGGUAAAUAGGAGUCAAUUAGAUAUUAACAAUAAGAAGAGUGUGGCUGAUUCAAAUCGUGAUGAGUAUGCUUUCCUACAGAAGAAGUAUCCCUCUCUAGCCAACCGGAAUGGAACAAAGUACCUUGCUAGAACACUCAACAGGUUACUCAUGCAUCACAUCAGGGAUUGCUUACCAGAGCUGAAAACCAGAAUCAAUGUUCUUGCUGCUCAGUAUCAGUCUCUGCUCAACGGCUAUGGGGAGCCUGUAGAUGAUAAGAGUGCCACAUUAUUGCAGCUUAUAACCAAAUUCGCCACUGAAUAUUGCAACACUAUUGAAGGGACAGCAAAAUACAUUGAGACAUCGGAAUUGUGUGGUGGAGCUAGGAUUUGCUACAUUUUCCAUGAAACUUUUGGGCGUACCUUAGAAUCAGUUGAUCCAUUAGGUGGCCUGAACACCAUCGACAUUUUGACGGCCAUUAGGAAUGCUACUGGUCCCCGUCCCGCCUUGUUUGUGCCUGAAGUUUCAUUUGAACUGUUAGUAAAGAGGCAAAUCAAACGUUUGGAAGAACCCAGCUUGCGAUGUGUGGAGCUUGUUCAUGAGGAAAUGCAGAGGAUUAUUCAGCACUGUAGCAAUUACAGUACACAGGAAUUGCUGAGGUUUCCAAAACUUCAUGACGCCAUCGUUGAAGUUGUGACCAGUCUUUUGCGUCGAAGGCUACCGGUUACAAAUGAAAUGGUUCACAAUUUGGUAGCCAUCGAAUUGGCCUAUAUCAACACUAAACAUCCUGACUUUGCUGACGCCUGUGGACUAAUGAACAACAACAUUGAGGAGCAAAGGCGAAACAGGUUAGCCAGAGAGAUGCCUUCUGCUGGGUCACGUGACAAGUCUGCUAAGCCUCCUGGUGCCUUGGCACCAUCCUCCCAGGAGACCUCAACUACUGGUUCCACUGAGACUGAUGGCAAGACACUCCCUUCUAUGGGAGAUGGAGCUCAAGAAUCUGGAACAGGCAAUUGGAGAGGGAUGCUGAAAACUUCAAAAGCAGAAGAAAUAUUAGCUGAGGAAAAGUCAAAACCAGUAACAGUCCUACCUGCCAGCCCUCAAAGAGGCCAUGCUGUAAACCUGCUUGAUGUGCCUGUUCCUAUUACCCGCAAGCUUUCAGCCCGUGAGCAACGAGACUGUGAGGUGAUUGAACGCCUUAUCAAAUCCUAUUUCCUAAUUGUGAGGAAGAACAUUCAAGACAGUGUGCCAAAAGCAGUGAUGCAUUUUCUGGUUAACCAUGUGAAAGACACUCUUCAGAGUGAGCUAGUGGGACAGCUGUACAAAGCCUUAUUGCUGGAUGACCUUUUAACUGAAUCGGAAGACAUGGCUCAGCGCAGAAAGGAGGCCGCUGACAUGCAACAGGCCUUGCAACGAGCCAGUCAGAUUAUUGCUGAGAUUAGAGAGACACACCUCUGGUGAAGGACUUCGUCUUUUUGGUGAAGAAACCGAUGACUUGAAAAUUGCUAGGCAUUAUAUACUUAUGAACUCCUAUGUGUACUGCAGUAUGUAUAAAUCUGCUCAUGUAAAGAUGGUGUGGUUUGGCUUCCUACAGACAGAAAAGUAUGCUGUACUUUGUAAAACAAAUCAUAUUUAAUCCAUAUUUCCCUACCAGUUUUUUCUGGUACAAAGACCAAGUCUGUUGUCCUAUGAAGGACUGAACUUAACUAGCAGGGGAAACCAUGUAAAAAUUCCAGUGCCUGGCUUGCUAAAUGAGUUGCCUGUGGAUGGGAUGAACAAGUGUCGUAUUGUGAUAUAGCUUUUUCAGCUGCUUUUGCAAUAGAGGUUUUUUAAACUAUAACGAAGACUCCAUAAUAUUGUCUUUAUUAUGAAUAAAACUGCAUGCACUCUAGAGUCAACCAGAUAACUGACACAGUAGAGGUACUGUCUUAUAGCAGUGUAAUGUGAGCCCUUCUGCUUCAGAACUUUAAGAUAAAUAUUUGGCUAAUUUUCAGUUUGUAGUAAACAUUUACCCCCCUUAACUAAAUAAAUAGAACAUUCUGCUAAAUGGCAUUGUUAGCCACCAGUGAACACCUGUUGGCAUACCUUUUGCUAGGGAGGAGGAUCAGGUGUAACAAUCCCUCACUUCCUGCACCCCUGGACCAAGACCCCCUGCACCAUCCAGCUAAAGCGUUCCACCUAAAAUGUCAAAGGCAGACCAAGUUUAUCUGAAGUCAGCGUGUGAAGUAGAAGUAAAGGCAACUGUCCACCAGACGUUAGCUUGCAUUACCUCAAGUUAGCCUGAUAAUUUCACUGCUGGAAUACACUGUCGCAAGAUACUAGUCUAUAUAAUUUCCACCAUGUGUUUUGAAAGCACAGUCGGUUUUGUAGAAUGUAUUGGAAAGAAGUCCAUAAGAGAGGCAGUUCAACUGAUAAGCGUAUAGCUUGACUUGCCCUAGCACCUGUGCUUUAAAGAAACAGGCCUUCUGUCUUUUGACCCUUGUCAGCUCACUGUAACUGUUAGUCACAAACAGUUCCAAGUACUGGUGUCUCAACACUUGUGGUCAAAUAAUCACUGCACAGGAAGUAUAGGCCUUACUUACAACACAGCAUUUCAGGAUGGGGAGAUUUCCACAUACGGUGCCAGAAAAACACCCCAAUCUCCACCAAGAGUCACAGAGUCUGUAUGAAGCAAAAUAAGACGUAUUUGGGAAUUAACACGUGUUUGUGUGCGUAAAAACAAACUGAGCUCAUAGACGAGGGGAUAGCCAAUCAGGCGUAUGCUAGGAAUGAGGAACCUGGACCAGAGCCCAUCAUCAACACACAAACAAGCUGAGUGAUAUUUGGAUAGGGGUUCUGAUAUGGGAAAGGGAGACAAGAGCAGAAAGACCAUUUGGGUAAUGGUUGCUGAUUCUUCUCAGGAAACCUGCCUGUGUACCUGAGUCCUGGUCACCUUCGGCUAGCUUGGAAAAGCAAUUGCAUCUGUUCUGCAAUCUUCUGUUACUGAAAUCUUUGGUGAGACAAAUAAAUCUUAUGUGUGUUUGCAUAUUA